ACACACACACACACACACACACACACACACACACACACACACACACAGAACAACACACAACAUCACAGAGGCUGAGAUAACCCGACAGUUUUCAGCUUCAGGAUUCAAUUUCAGGGAUUCUUUAUUUUGUCGUGUCACCUGGAGCCUCCUCAGCGACCAUGAAUCCUGAAUAUGACUACCUGUUCAAACUUCUUCUGAUCGGUGACUCUGGAGUUGGAAAGUCAUGUCUGCUGCUGCGCUUUGCGGAUGACACCUACACUGAGAGCUACAUCUCCACCAUCGGAGUCGACUUUAAGAUCAGGACCAUCGACAUGGACGGGAAGAUGGUGAAACUACAGAUUUGGGACACAGCAGGUCAGGAGAGAUUUCGAACCAUCACCUCCAGCUACUACAGAGGAGCGCACGGCAUCAUCAUCGUCUACGACGUCACCGAGCAGGAGUCCUUCAACAAUGUGAGGCAGUGGCUGGACGAGAUAGAUCGCUACGCCUGUGAGAACGUCUCCAGGCUGCUGGUGGGGAACAAGUGUGACCUCGUUAGUAAGAAGGUGGUGGACGCCGGCACCGCUCAGGACCUGGCCUCGUCUCUAAAGAUCCCCUUCCUGGAGACGAGUGCCAAGAGCGCUGAUAACGUGGAGAGGGCUUUCCUCACCAUGGCCUCUGAGAUCCACAAGCGCGUGGCCAGCGAGGGAGGGGGGGUGCAGGCCGAGUCGAAAGAGGCCAGGGCCCAGAAUGCCAAGAUCAGCAGCACCCCCCUGUGGCUGGGAGGGGAGAAACAGGCGCAGGAGGCCGGGAACUGCUGCUGAGCUGGGAGAGACGACGCCGUGGUCACACGACAACACUGAGACAUCUAGAGAGACACGUAGAGAGACGUUUUUUUUUGUAAUUUUAAUUACAUCCACCGGUCUAGUUUCAGGACUGUGCAAUUGGACACACACAUAUUGUCAGAUUUUGGACAUCUUUGCUAUUGAACUAAAAACAUAUAGAAUAAUUAGGGCUGCACAAUAUAAUGUCUUUUAUCAACAGGUGGAGAAUACACAUCGCAAAAGGCUGCGACAUAAUACAAAAUAAACAAGUUUUUUGUGUUAGUUGAAAGAAAAUCUCGGUAGAAAACUGCACUUUAAAAGUUAACUGUCAUUCAGAUAUUCAACAAUGUUGUUGCAUAUCGCAUAUUUUCCUCAAAUCGUGCAGCGGUCAUAAGAAAAUUGACUUUUCAUGAAGAAAAAUAAGAGUUUGGAGCAUGACGACAGUACAUUUUGAAGCUUGAUAUUUUUAAAUAAAAUGUAUAGUCAAAGCUCAAAGACAAACAGGACAGAUGACAGAUCAGAAUUUGAAACUCAGCCAAAUGAACAGGAUGAGAUUGGGAAGAGGUCUUAAAAAACACAGAGGGCCAUUCCCUGUUUCACUUCUUUAACUCAAGAUAAAAUAGGGAAAAAGCAGAAUGUGCCGUUGCAAACCUGUUAGGCAAAAAUAACAAUAUCUAAAUAAUGGUUAAUACUCACACAGAAAGGGAAGUUUCAUUCCACAAUGGGGUAUUAAUGUAUGCAGUAUGUGCGGGUGUUAUGGAUGAAUUUACUUAGUGAUUUAGACUGUCAGUUACAAUCAGAGGAGAUUUAUUGUAUUUACCAGUUGUUGUUGUG